CUCACGUCUGCGUUGUUUUUCGAUCGCGAGUCCCUCUAAGUUUGGAUUGUAUGGCGCGAUUUGAGAUGAAGUCAUCCAGACAUUCGGAUGCAUUCUCUACCGUCCACGCAUGUAGUGGCUGGCUGAAGUCAACAUGCACAAAAGAAUCCAUAGGUCCAACAAGGGCUCACCAGGAUGGCAUGGCAUACAUAAGAGACCACUGCGUAUCAGCCCAUAAGAUACUAGGUGAUCUCAGAGAUUGUCGCCUGCCUCACAGUGAUCCUCAUCAAAAUGCACCCCAUCAACCAUCACCUAGCCACCAUCCUCCUCGCCGCUAGCCUGACAUCGGCAUACAGCAUCCCCGGCAACCUCGCCCAAAUCUACAAUGACCACAGAACCAAGACUUGCGACAACAUCAUAGCCAGCGGAUUCAGCGACGGAACCACCGGUGACACCACAUUCGAGUACUGCGGAGACAUCCCCAACGCCAUCUUCCUCCACAGCAGCUCCAACGGAGGUCAAUACGACAACAUGGACGUGGACUGCGAUGGAGCGCACGCCAGCGGCGGAGACUGCGGCGACGACCCCUCGAUCCAGGGACAAACAAGUUUCCAAGACCAGGUCGUCCAGUACGGUAUCAGCGACCUGGACGCAAAUGUCCACCCGUACGUGGUCUUCGGUAACACCAACUUUGACCCGCAGAGUAGUGGGAUGCAGCCCCUCAGCGUAAUGGCCGUCGUUUGCGGGGGACAACUGUAUUAUGGCGUCUGGGGCGACAUGAAUGGAGGUGGCGUCACGGGCGAGGCGUCGAUUGCACUGGCCAAGUUGUGCUUUCCUGGUGAGGGGAUCACGGGCGACAAUGGGCAUACGGCGGAUGAUGUUCUGUAUAUCGGGUUUGAGGGCCAGAAUGCCGUCCCUGGGAGUAGUGCGGACUGGACUGCCACGGAUACGCAGACUUUUGAAGAUAGUAUCAAGAGUCUGGGGGAUCAGUUGGUUGCUGGUCUUGGGUCGUAGACUGUGAGUAUCAGAAGCGAGGUUGCAGUGGCUGAAGGGGG